AGGAAACAGGUCAUGUGAAAAGGAACUAUAAUUAGAAUGGAUGUUUGCUAGUAAACACAUUCUGAUAUCUGAAAACUCCGUGUUCAUUUAUAUAAAUUAUUACAAUUAUUCUAACGGAUAUGUACAAAAAUGCCUCACGAUGCAUUUGAGCCUGCUCCUAUUUUAGAAAAAUUGCCUUUGGUUAUAGAAUCGAUUGCUUGUUUUGAAUCAACAUUAUUGGUGGGCACGAAGCAGGGGGUACUGCUGCUUUACAAAGUGCAAAAGAACAAAGGGAGAGGUGACAGCAAAUUCGAAGUAGUACUUGACAGAUCCAAUAAAUCUUUUUCCAAGAAACCAAUUACUCAGCUAGCAGCAGUUCCAGAGCUUUACAUUCUCAUAAGCUUAUCAGAUAAUGUCAUCAGCGUUCAUGACUUGACCACUUUCACAUUAAUCACAUGUGUCAACAAAACUAAAGGUGCUAAUUUAUUUGCAAUUGAUGUCCAGAAAAAGGAAACUACAUCUGGAGAUGUAGACCAUGUUUUGAGACUAGGUGUAGCCUUAAAAAGAAAAAUUCAACUGUUUAAAUGGGAGAAUAGGGAAUUUGUGGAGUUAAUGCAAGAUCUUAGUUUGUAUGAUAUACCACACGCUUUAACAUGGUGCAAAGAUUCUUUAUGUGUGGGAUUCAAAAGAGACUACUACAUUAUAAAUUCUAAAACAGGAGGUUUAAAGGAACUUUUUCCAGUUGGUUCAAGCCAGCCUGAUCCAAUAGUCACUCAUCUUCAUGACAAUCGCCUUGCUCUGGGUAGAGAUGCCAUGUCUAUUUUAAUCAACUCUGAUGGUGACCCUACUCAGAAGGAACCAAUUAAUUGGUCAGAAAUUCCAAUUGCUAUGGAACACAUCCCACCCUAUCUGAUUGCAAUACUACCCAAAUAUGUAGAAGUGAGAACCAUUGAGCCUAAACUCAUGAUACAAAAUAUAUCAUUACCAAAAGCUAGGCUCAUCUGCCAAGGAAGUGGCUCCAUCUACGUGGCAUCUCAGAACACAGUCUGGCGUCUAGCAGCAAUACCAAACUCACAGCAGAUUCAGCAGCUUCUUCAAAUUAAGGAAUUUGAGUUAGCACUUAAGUUGGCAGAACUAGCAGAAGAACCAGAAAAUAAAAAAGAAACAAGAAUACGAAACAUAAAAAAUCUUCAUGCAUUUGAUUUAUUCUGUAAAAGACGCUUUGAAGAAUCAUUAACUUUAUUUGCUAAGCUUGGAACAGAUCCAUCGCAUGUAAUUGGCCUAUAUCCAAAUUUGCUACCAGAAGAUUAUAGGAAAAAACUUGAGUAUCCUGAGAAAGUACCUGAGGUAACAGGGGGAGAAUAUGAGAAGGGAAUUAUGUCUCUUAUAGAGUACUUAACACAGAAACGAAAUGAGCUGAUGAAAGAUGUGGAUAAGGAAAUGUCCACUACUGCAAUAGUUGAAGGGAAUAAGACAAUCAACUCUAGGAAACAACUUAGUCAAAUUAUUGAUACUACAUUACUCAAAUGCUAUUUACAGACCAAUGAUGCCCUUGUUGCUCCUCUGCUGAGGCUGAAAGACAACAACUGCCAUGUUGAAGAGAGUGAGAGAGUUCUCAAAAAGAAGGAAAAAUUUUCAGAGCUGAUUAUUCUCUAUGAAAAAAAAGGAUUACAUCAAAAAGCUUUAAGUUUGUUAAUGAAACAAGCAGCCAGACCAGAGUCCUCAUUAAAAGGCCAUGAAAGAACAGUACAGUAUUUACAACACUUAGGUAAAGAACAUAUAAAUUUAAUAUUUGAAUAUGCUGAGUGGGUUUUAAAACAGUUUCCAGAGGAUGGUUUAAAGAUUUUUACUGAAGAUCUCCCAGAAAUAGAAACACUUCCCAGGGACCAGGUUCUAGACUACUUAGAAAAAAUAAGUGAAGAUUUAACUAUACCUUAUUUAGAAUACAUAAUUAUUGAUCGCAAGGACCAGACGGAAGAAUUCCAUAAUCGCCUGGUUGAUGCGUACAGGGACAAAGUGCAAAAACUUAGACAGGAACAUAUACAUUCUCUUCCUGAAGGUCAUCGGCCCAAUGAAAUAGGCUAUGAACGUGGUGAGCUGGGAGAGUACAGGAAAAAACUGGUGUCAUUCCUACAUAAGUCACAGUUUUACAUUCCAGAAAGAUUGCUAACACGCUUCCCUACUGAUGGAUUUCAUGAAGAGAGAGCUAUUUUGUUAGGUCGGUUGGGCAGACAUGAACAAGCUCUUAGUAUUUAUAUUCAUACACUGAAAGAUAUAGGCCGUGCUAAAGAAUAUUGUGCUAAUAAUUACGACAGGGACAAAGAGGGGAAAAAAGAUGUUUACUAUUUGUUAUUUAAAAUGUUCUUGAAAACUCCAACAAUUGAAGACACAGUUGAUGCUAGAGUUGAACAUACACAACUAGACAAUGCCUUAAAUUUGUUAGCAGAGAAUGCUACUAAGAUUGACACAGCAAAGGCAUUAGAGAUUUUACCAUCAGGCACCAAGCUGAAGGAUAUCCUGACCUUCUUAGAAAAUGUCAUGGAGAACCAGGCAGUGAGACGAAGGAGUAACCAGAUACUGAAGAGUAUGUUGUACGCCGAAAAUCUUCAGGUGACUGAACACUUAAUCCAUAAGCAAUCAGUAAAAAUCAAUGUCACAGAUGAGGACAUGUGUCGCUCUUGCAAGAGGAGGAUAGGACAAAGUGUCUUCUGUCGCUAUGCCAAUGGAAAUUUGGUGCAUUAUUCCUGUUACACUAAGGAUCAGAAAACUAGUAAUGAAGGGUUUAAGGAUAGGAUUAACUAAUAAAUAUAGUUUCUUUUAAAAUCAUUUCUAAAAUAAUCUGCUUUGUGUGAUCUCAUUCAGUUACCUACCAGUAAUUUAAGUCUGAUAGAAUAUUAUUUGUUUUUGAUAUGAUAAUCCUAGCAUUGAACAACAAAAUGAACAAAUCAAUCAAAAAGCAAUAGAUCAAUGAAAUGAGAUUUGAAACGUAAACAUCAGAUAAUGAUACUGACACUAUCAAGAACAAGAAGUAUUUAGCUGAGGCAGAUUUUUGUGAAUUUUGAGCUUCCUUUUUUACCUGUCAGCUUUGAAAUAUUUCUUCUGUUCCUGGUUUAUUUAGAAUACCAUCAAGCCAUCAUGGAAAAAUGUGGCUUGAUUGAUGUGAAUCUUUGUGUAAAUUACCAAGAAGUUAUCUUGGAAAAGCUCUUGGUAUAAAUAGUUUGUGUAAAAUUGUUUAUUGUUUUGUUCAUUUAAAAAAAAAUAUGAAUGGUAGGCUAACUAUGUAAAACCAUGAAGCUUUAAAUGGUAGGCUAGCUGUGUAACACCAUGAAGCUUUGAAUGGUAGGCUAACUAUGUAACACCAUGAAGCUUUGAAUGGUAGGCUAGCUGUGUAACACCAUGAGCUUUGAAUGGUAAGCUAACUAUGUAAUACCAUGAAGCUUUAUUCAAAAGAAAUACAAAAUCCUUUCAAAAUAAAAUACAAGCCAUUUAGUUGUUAUCAAGGUCUUUUGAUUAACAAAAAGGUUCUCAUUACAAAUGUGUUACUGUCAACAAAGCUGUUGAUCAAUGCUGUUAUUCUAAAAGUAUUUUUCUCUUAAUACAAAUGAUGAUUAAAAUGUCUAGCUAUUUUUGUUUUAGCCAUUUUGUUAGGUGCUGUGGAUGGAAAAUGUGUUUGGCUGUUAUCUUAUAUAAAUACAAAAGUCUAAUGUUGUUUUAAGACUCCAUUUAUAAAUAAGUCUUUCACUAGCUAGUUUAUGUGUAUGAUUGUUGUAUAUUUGCUUGUUUUUAAACUGUUACAUUCAUGAUUGUAUCAAUUAAGAGAAACUAUUUAUAAUGUGCUUGGUGUGCAAUAUCUUCUUACGCCUUAAAAAACGCUAAUUGCAUUUAUUACUUGUAUUUAAAUGCACUAACCCACAGUCAUACUAACACAUAAGAUCAUAGUAUUUUUUUUAAAUAAUUGACAUACAACAUUUCAUUUAGUAUGUGGUACUUUUAAAAUAAAAAGAAGUCUUUUAAUAAUAUCUCAAUAAGUUAAAAGUCUUCAUGAAUUCUUUUUUUGUCUGUUCAUAUGUAUUAUGUUGAUUUAUGUUUUGUUUGAAAGCAGAUGUUUCUUCCUUAAAAUGGGAAUGUUUUAAAACUGUUUUGUUUAACAUUAAUUUUAAUGCAUAUUAAUUCUAUGAUUUACUUACAAUUAAUUAUCAUACUUAGAUUAACUUAAAAGUCAGUAAACAAUUUUAAACUAUUGUGUAUAUAUGAUUUCAAAAUACUACAAAAUCAGAUU